CCAGCUCGUGGGUCGUAGGUCGUGAGUCUGAGCGGUGAGUCUGAGCAAUGUCGUUCAGUCAAGCGAUUUCGAUGGAGACGGAGUGCGAGAAAUGGCAGGCGCAAGCCAGCAAGGAGACCAAUGAAAAGCCUGAGCUGAAGAAUGCAGGAAGGGAUUCAGAGUUCUAUGAUGAUACAUUUGAUCCUACCACUCCUGAGCAUCUUUGGCCUGACACUGAUGAGGAGUACGCGGACCUUCCAACCUAUGCCAAUGUACCCAGCUUUGGUAACUCCUGGUUGAUUGGCUUCGAAGCUGUUUCAGAGCCCUGUACGCCAUGGGCUGCGGGCCCGUGGUUCAACUCCACGGCCAACACCAACCCCGAAACGAAGUGGGUGGUGGAUUCGGCGGAUGAAGCAUGCCAGGGUCUUUCGGACUUUCGUCACCGCACUGAAACAGUGCGCAAGGUGGUCGAGCUGAACAAGUGCAUCAGCAUGGACUACCAGUGCCAGGAUGAGGAAGCGAUCCUGGAUGAGGCGACCCUUCCCGGAUCAGUGCAGAGUGGAUCGGUUCCUCCGGCAGACCUGUCAAAGAGAAUGAAGAAGGCGAUCCUCACAGGGUCCAAGGCAUUGCAAAAGGCUCGCGCUUUGAUGGGCACCAUGUCACACUCCUCCAGGUCAAGAUCACGAAGAGGCGAACAGGUCGAAACCCGCGCGCUGUGAGACGUGCCGGACGGAGAUGAGUGUGUCUGAAAAUCGGGCUCACUCGACGAUCACGGACCCUUUGCAAAAGGACCGGUGAAUUUUCAGAAAACAAACCCAUUGGUGUGGAUUCAAAUAGGGAUACCUCACAGUUCGAC